AUGGCCGCUGGGGCUGGGCUGGACUGGGCUGGGCUGCAGAGUCACCCUGGCCCCGCUGCUCCCCCAGGGUCGGCGAAGGAGUGCCUGGAGUGGAGACCCCGGCGCCGCCGGGACAGAUCUUUUCCGGAGCACUCGCUGUCGAGCCGUCUCGUGUGCGCCAUGAAGCGCAAGGCGCCCGACGCCAGGGAGGAGGCCUGCGUGCUGUGUCGCCGGGCCGAUUCCGACGCGGAUAAGUACGGCGAGAAACGCCGGAAUGGUGGACUCUGUGCCCAUGAGAAUUGCCUGUAUCUUGCCGGCGGGCUCCCCGUGAGACGCGCGUCUGAGACGGGAGCCGACGAGUUUCUUCCGGCAGAGAUCAGGCGGGUGGUGAAGCGGGCAAGUCGGAAGCUGUGCUACGUCUGUGGUGAGCGCGGGGCCACCAUUUGCUGCCAUCAGAAGGGCUGCAAGCGCAGCUUCCACUUCCCGUGCGGCUGCGAAGACGGCUGCGUCUCGCAGUUCUUUGGGCAGUACAGGUCCUUCUGCCGGGCACAUCGCCCGGAGCAACAAGUGCAGGCGCACCAGGAUGGGGAGACCUCCUGCCUCAUCUGUCUGGAGCCCGUGGAGGGAAAGCUCUCCCACCACACGCUGGUGUGCCCCGCGUGUAAGCACGCGUGGUUCCACCGUGGCUGCGUCCAGCGACAGGCUCUUGGGGCAGGCUUCUUCUGCUUCCAGUGCCCGCAGUGCCAAGACAGGGAGGCUUUCCUGUGGGAAAUGUCUUCCGUGGGCAUCCGAGUGCCCCUCAGACAACCCACGUGGGAGGCAGAGGGAGCUUUUGAGGAGCUCUACGAGAGGCACGGGCGAUGCGAUGCCAGCCGGUGUCUUUGUGCGCGCGGCCGAGAGGAGGCAGCGGAAGAGGGGCCGUGGCAGCUGCUGCUCUGCUCCUCCUGUGCUGCCAAGGGCACGCACCGCCGCUGCUCCGCCUUGAGGCCCUCCACAGCCACCUGGGAGUGUGACGACUGUGCGGGGCUGGGCACCGCCUCCAGCACGCAGUCGGGGACGGCCAGCGCCAGCACCAGCAGACAGGCAGCAUCGUCGGCCAGCUCCCAGGCUCCCGCGAGCAGCAGGCGCUCAGGCCAGACGGGGCCAGAGCGAAGGCCGGGCCGCGGGCGGCUACAGCGCCGCUCCAAACAGCCGUACAGCCGGCGCUGA